AUGGAAGAAAUAACACAAUCAAUGAUGAAGGAUCUUUUACAGGAAGACGAAUUUAAGAAAUUAUGGGUUGAUUUGGCCGUCGAAAUUGAAAAUAAAAUUCAAACAAAACAUUUUUCUAUCAAAACUGUGCAUUCUUCUGUUCCAAAUUUACCAACUUCUUGUCAAUCUGCAUCAAAUUUUCGUUUAAAUGAGCCACAAAUUGACGCAACUUUUGCCAAAAUUUACAAGGAAAUGGCUGUUGGGCUUGAUUUGGUUACCAAAAAUUUUGUUCGAGGAGCCUAUUUUUCUGACGAUAAAACCCAACAACAAUCAAAUUAUUUUCGCCAUGAAGCCUCUUCCCUUUAUUCAAUUCAAGUGAUUUUAGAACGCUCUAUUAUUUCUAAUAAAUUUAAUAUUGCACAAUUUGGUCUAAUUUCUCGUAGAAUUAUUAAAAUGCAACAACUUUUUGGUGUUUACACUUCUAUCCCUUACAACGUGGAGAAUUGUACUUUUUUGGCAACUACACUUUAUACAAUUCACAAAAGAUUUUUUGAUUAUGGAAAGUUUUAUGAACCAGAAAGUACUAGAUGUGAAGAGGCGAAAAAAUUAGAAAGUGUUAUUGAACGUUUUGGAAAGAUUGUAUGUCUAAGACUUGAAAAGUUUUCCCCUCCAGUUGGAAACAGUGAUAGGCCUGUUGAAAAAGGUUGA